AUGUUGGUUGGAGUCGAGGGCAUGGAGACUGACCUCAACCGGCUCCAGUACCAUUGGGCGCGGGUUAUUCUAGGCUGCAGGAGGGGCCCUAGGCUGAAGUGGACGCUGUGCCAGGCGCAGUGCGGUUGGGAGCUCCGCCUCGGGACACGCAUGUUGGAGCAGGCGUUCGUGGCGCGCGCGCGGCUGUGGGUCCUUCCGCAAGGGCACCCGGGCGCGCUCCUGCGGGAAGCGGCGCGGCGCUCGACCGCGCACACGUGGUGGCAACUGGUGGGCCAGCGGAUGGCCGACCUGCCAGGGGGCCGAUUGCCGGACAUCUGGGAGGUGGAGGGGCUGUUGGGGGCUGUGGAGGCCGCCGCCACCUCCGCCGCCGAGCGCAAGGCAGUGCUGAGGCGGUAUCGGUGGGAGGUGGUGCGGCCGGCGCUGAGGUUAUACGACCAGGCGGCUUUCGAUUCGGCCGCGGACAGGUGCAUCCAGUCGCUGGGCGUGACGUUCCGCGAGCUCCAGCCGGUCAUGCAGCCGCAGCCGCUGGCGGAGCUGGCCAUGGAGGUCGCCCCGCUCGUGUACCGCAUGUGGGCGGUGGUUGGGGGGGACGACAUGCCGUGGGAGUUGGAGAGGUGCAUGGCCUGCGGGAGCGAGCGGGUAGCCGUCUCCCAUGCCUUGUGCGUGUGUGAGGGCGCCCUCACGCUUUUCCGCGAGCUGGAAGCGGUUGUCGGCGCCAUGCCGCGCGGGUCGCAGCCGGAGCUGGUGAGGGCGGUGCUCGGGCCAGGCCAUGGGGCCGCGCACGUCCAGCAUGUGGGGCGUGCCCUGCUGGGCUGCAUGGGGCGCAAGGUGGAGCAGCAGCUAGGGGGGGUCGGAUGCCGCUGCGUGGUGACGGUGCUCCGCGGCGCGUGGGAGAGGGACACCACGGGGCUCGGAGGGGGGGCUCUCACACAGUCGCGCUGCUUCGGCCGCGGGGCGAAUCACCUGGGCGGCCACACGGCAGCCGCCAUGUACCCGUCGGGCUCCUCGGCGAGCGGCUCGCCCUACUUUCCCAACACGGUGGGGUCGCUGCCGGGGUCGUCGCCGCAGCUCUCCAGUCCCUUCCAGACGGCCUACGCGCCCGGCGGAGACCCGUUUUCCACGGCCUUCACACCCCGGCCGCUGCCGCCGACCCCUGCAGGCCCCGGGUCGCCCUCCAGCUCGAGCUACAUGGCCCACAGCGCGGGCGUCACGGGCGACCAGGCGGACCAGCUGGUCAGGAGCCUCCGGCAGACCAAGGCUGCGGAGGCCGCCCAGGCCGCGGGGGCGACCGACGCCCACGUGGUGGCGACCGCCUACGUGGGCGACAGAGGUUUCAUGUCGCCCGACGCGGCGGGAGUUUUCCGCCCCGCAUCGUCAGGAGCGCCGCAGGCUGCUGCGAUGCCGCCCGCCGAGCUGGCCGGCCUUGCCCAGGAAGUGACUGCCAAAGAGAUGGAGCUGAAGGUCCUGAGGCAGCAAGCCGAGACGACCCAGCGCGACGCGGACCGCCUGCGCUCGCAGCUGCGCGACGCGAACUUCCAGCUCACGAAGGCCUCGGGCAGCGUGAGCACUCUCUCGGCGAAGGUGGAGGCGACGGCAGGGCGAGUGCACACCGUGCUGGACGCGUCGGCGCAGCUCGUGCAGGAGCAGAUCAUGGGCUACCGACGCCGGCUGGAACGCAUGAAGUACGAGCUGACCGAGAAGGACGAGGACAUCCAGCACCUGCAGAGGGUGAUCGCCGACGGGAACGACAAGGUCAGCGGCCACAGGGACAGGGUGGUCGCCGCGCAGCAGGGCCAGGCGCAGGACUUCGGCGAGCAGGGCCAGGGCGCCGUGGAGAAGGCCACCGGCAGCUGGAAGGAGGCGAGCGUCGCCCGCAUCGAGCAAGAGAAGGCGAAUACCGUCUUGGCACGCGAGCGCCGGAGCGCGCUGGAGCAGCUCGACAAGCUCGACGAGGGCAUCGCCGCGCUCCAGGACCACAUCCGCAGCGCGGAGCAGAAGGGCAGGCACCACGCCGCAGAAUCUGUGCGUCGCCAGCAACAUUUAGACGCGUUGUUGAUGGAGGAGCGCAUGGUCGCCUCGAUCGCCCAGCUCGGCGUCGAGCGCGCGCAGGAGCAGCGGCGCAGCGGCGCGGCGGAGGCCCAGCUGCUGGAACAGCGCCUCGGCGAGGAACGCAGCAAAAAGGCCACGAAGUCGGGCAAGGCGCAGGCCUACGACGCGGUGGAGCGGGACGCUGCCCAGGGGCAGGCGACGCUGCAGGCCCUCACCGAGUUUGUGCGGCUGGUCUCGCAGACGCUCCGCGGCCCCGACGCGCUGUCGCGCGGCCGGGCGGCGCCCCCCGACCGUGUGGACCACGAGGUGGACGCUUGGGUACGGAGGGUCGAGCAGAGCGGCGCCGCCGUGCCGCCGCUGGAGCGGGUCGGCGCCGGCGAGUACACGGUCGGCGGUCAGCCGCUGCACGCGACGUUGUCUUCCGGCGGAAAGCUGUGCGCGAGGAUGCCAGAUGGAGGGUUGUUGCCCAUGGACGACUACUUCCAGGCCAUGGAGGAACGCCGCCGGAAGGAGGCAGCAACCGUCAGCAAUCCCCUUCAGUCCAGCAUGGCGCCCCACGCGUACGUGGACGCAGGCCCCAAGCCCCUCAACGUCCUCGUCUCGCCCAUGAACAUCCGGGGCGCGGCCGCGCAGCGGGCCUGA